AUGAAAGAGCCAAUUCCACCUCCCACGGAUACUAUUACCACCUCGUCUUCAUCACCGAAGCAACUACGCUUCCUUGUCAUCGGCGGGGGCUCUCGCGGAAACGCCUACGCUCGCGCUGUCACAACCGUCACACCGGCCGUAAUCCACGCAGUCGCCGAGCCCCACGCCUUCAAACGGCGCGAUUUCGGACGAAAAUACAUAUGGGGGGUAUCUCAAUCCCCCCAAGAGGGCCAGGAAUUCACCGAUUGGCGCGAAUGGAUGCAGUGGGAACUCGAGCGACGGAAGCGGGCGAUCCAAACCAACGACAAUAACGCAACAGAGACAACCCCAACUCCCGUGGGCGUAGACGGAGUCUUCGUCUGCACACUAGACGAAACACAUGUCGAGAUCCUACAAGCCCUCGCCCCGCUCCAGCUACACAUUCUCUGCGAGAAGCCACUGGCUCUCUCGCUAGACGACUGUUUAACAGUGUACCGAGCCCUCCAACCACCAGAAGGCCCAAACAACAUCCCCCAAGCCCCAAAGAACAUAUUCUCAAUCGGCCAUGUCCUCCGCUACAGCCCGCACAACAUCCUCCUCCGCAAACUCCUCCUCACAGACCGCGUAAUCGGCGACAUAGUCUCCCUAGAGCAUUGCGAGCCGGUAGGCUGGUGGCACUUCUCGCACAGCUAUGUCCGGGGCAACUGGCGACGCGCAACACCAGCAGGCGACGGCUCCCUCCUCACAAAAUCCUGCCACGACAUCGACUUCAUCUUCUGGCUCCUCUGCUCCCCGCCCUCACCUGAAACAGCAUCCAAAGAAGACCACAAGCCGCACCUCCCGCGCUCGAUCUCCUCCGUCGGCACGAUGACGCAGUUCCGCCAAAAGCGUAAGCCCGUCGCCGCAGGUAGCGCUACAAACUGUCUCUCCUGCCCCGCUGAACGCGACUGUAACUACAGCGCGGUUAAAAUAUAUAACGACCGCCAUCUCGCGACGGGUCACACGUCUUGGCCGGUUAAAAUUGUUUCCCCGGAUAUAGAAGAUGUGUUCCGGACGCAAGGCGGCAAGGCCGCCGAGUCACUACUCCUCUCCCGUCUUGGCGAGGACUAUGAUCGGGAUACGAUGUCGGACUCGGAUAUUGCUGCGCGGCCAUGGUACGGGCGGUGCGUAUACGAAGCCGAUAACGAUGUCUGCGACGAUCAGGUUGUGACGUUUGUUUGGGAUGAUGAGGAGGUGGCACCGCAUCGGCCUGCUAAAACGGCGAGUUUCCAUAUGAUUGCGCCUACGGAGAAACAGUGUGAGCGUCGGGGCCGGGUUUAUGGUACAACUGGUGAGGUUUCGUAUGAUAGUAGCACGAUUUCUGUUUAUGAUUUUGCUACGGCGAAGACUUCCGUUUUUGAUGUGCCGAAGCCGCCGCCGGGGCAGAAGGAGUCCCAUGGCGGUGGAGACUUUGGACUUGCGAGGCAGUUUGUUAGUGCUGUUGGGGCUGUUGAAGGGGGAUUAGAUGUUGAGACGGCACAAGCGAGGUUUGUUGGAUGUUCGCUUGAAGAGGUGGUUCGGAGUCAUGCUGCUGUUUUUGCGGCUGAGGAGGCGAGGAGGGGAGAGAGGGUUAUUAAGUGGGAGAGCUGGUGGGGGGAGAAGUUGAAGGUUUCUGCUACUGCGUGGAAGGCAUAA